AUGAACUCCGCCUCCACCUCCGCCGCCGUCUUCAGAUCACCAACACGCUUUAUUCUUCCAGCACCACCAUCAAAUUCAUGUAAUCCUAACCUUUCGCCCAUCCAAUACAAACGAAACAAAUCAAAUCUACGCUCCAUUUCCACCAGAUCCCUCCAAAUCUCCCAUCCAAAACACGUAACACCGCCUGAUGCUCCAAAUUUCUCGAAUUCACUCACAGUCGGCGAGAAGCUCGAGAUUCUGGUUUCCGAAUUCAAAUCCUUACCGGAGCCAAUCGACAGAGUGAAACGGUUGAUACACUACGCAAGUCUCCUCCCGGAGUUCGAAGAGUCAGGUAGGGUGGAAUCAAACAGAGUCACCGGAUGUACAGCUCAAGUGUGGCUGGAGGUGAUGAUGGAUGUCGAUGGAACAAUGAGAUUUAGAGUGGAUAGCGAUUCGGAGAUUACAAAAGGUUUCUGCUACUGUUUGAUUUGGUUAUUGGAUGGGGCGGCGGCCGGCGAAGUUAUUGGAAUCAGACUUGACGAUUUAGGGGAAAUGAAUGUGGGAAUAUUGCCGAUUAGGGCUAGUUCUAGAGUUAAUACAUGGCAUAAUGUGUUGCUCAGCAUGCAGAGAAGAACCAAAGCUAUAAUCAUGGAGACUUAUGGUGAUCCCUCUCUUCCUUUACUACAAUAG